AUGGUAAAUGAAGAAGUAGUGGAAUUUAAUAAGAAAUCACAACCAGUUUACAAGAAUCCAAUUUUUCAACAGAAAUUUCGUUCUACUAGUACCACUGGAAAGAAACGGACUUGGCGUUCAUUAAAACAAGUCUUAGCUCAAGAACGUACUUUACCAUGGCCUGCAGAAGUGGUACAUUAUAGCUCUGUUAAUGCACCGCCAAGCUUUAGACCAGCAAAGAAGUAUUCAGAUAUUUCUGGCCUACCCGCACGAUAUACAGAUCCACAAACUAAAUUAUAUUAUGCAACGGCAGAAGAAUUUGCAACAGUCCGAAGUCUACCAAUGGAUAUAACUGCCGGAUAUUUAGCAUUACGAGGCGCUUCCAGUAUCGUUGGAUAAGUUUUCUUAUAUUUAAAUAGUAUAGAACAUAGAUAUUUCAUCUUGCAAUUGUAUGGUACUUAUUAUGUAAUAAUAAAGUAAGUAUAGUUCUGAAAAUUUUUAUGAUGCAGCAAAUGUAAACAAAAAUAUAUCGAGUUUAUAAAGAGACAAAAUAAAGCUGUUUGCACUGAUAUUGGUAAGCAAUUGAUUUUUAUAUAUACA